AUGAACAAUAGUGUAAAAUACAAGGGAAAGAAAACAGUGUACAGAAGGCAGGAUAUUGGUUCGAUUCUUGAUAAAUCUAACUUUGUUUGUUUGUUUACAGUGAUAAUACUUUGUGGUGUUGAAGUCAUAAUCAUACUGAUGCUGAUCUUCCUGAGGAAUCGGAUCCGGAUUGCUAUUGCACUGUUGAAGGAAGGUAGUAGGGCUAUUGGCUAUAUAAUGUCUACAUUGUUCUACCCAAUCGUCACCUUCAUACUCAUUGCAGUUUGUAUUUCCUACUGGGCUGUGACAGCUGUUUUUCUAGCUACAUCAGGAGAACCUGUGUAUAAAGUAAUGGCUAAUCAAACACUGUGCAAGUAUGCAAACCUGACUUGUGACCCGGAGACUUUUAACACAACUAAUGUGACUAAAUUGUGUCCGGGUGCUCAGUGUACUUUUGCUUUUUACGGAGGAGAAAGCCUGUACCACAAGUACAUCUUCAUCUUCCAGUUAGCCAAUGCCUUUGUCUUUCUCUGGCUGGUCAACUUUGCAAUUGCACUGGGUCAGUGUACCCUUGCUGGUGCCUUUGCCUCUUAUUACUGGGCCUCUCGAAAACCAGCCGAUAUUCCACUGUGGCCACUCUUUUCUUCAUUUGGACGAGCAAUACGAUACCAUACAGGUUCACUGGCAUUUGGAGCCUUAAUUCUUGCAAUUGUCCAGCUUAUUAGAGUAAUACUGGAGUACUUGGAUCACAAACUGAAAGGUACACAGAACUCCUUCACUAGAUUUCUACUCUGCUGCCUCAAAUGCUGUUUCUGGUGUUUGGAAAAAUUCUUAAAAUUUAUAAACAGAAAUGCCUACAUCAUGAUUGCCAUAUAUGGUAAAAACUUCUGCACCUCGGCAAAGGAAGCAUUCUUUUUGCUCAUGCGGAAUGUGGUGAGAGUUGCAGUUCUGGACAAAGUUACAGACUUUCUUCUGUUCCUGGGGAAAAUUCUCGUCGCUGGUGGUGUAGGUGUUCUUGCGUUCUUUUUCUUCACACAGAGAAUACCAGUCUUUGCGCAGGAGGCACCAACGUUAAAUUACUACUGGGUACCGCUGCUGACGGUCAUUAUUGGCUCCUACCUAGUUGCACAUGGGUUCUUCAGCGUCUAUGCAAUGUGUGUCGACACGCUUUUCCUCUGCUUUUGUGAAGACCUGGAAAGAAAUGAUGGAUCUACAGCAAAACCCUACUUCAUGUCAGCUAGCCUCCACCGAAUUCUAGGGAAGAAGGAACUAAGCCCUAAGAAGGCAGUGGGAUAACAUACACUAAACCUCGACAUCAAAGCAGUGUCACUUUUAAGCAAAACGUGUAUAAAGUAGGCAAAAGUAAAAACUGUAAAUGAUG